AUGGUUUCGAAGGAGGGGAUUAUGGUGGAUCCUAAGAAGAUUAAGGCAGAAAAGAAAGUUAUUACGUAUGCUUCUAGACAGCUGAAGAUUCAUGAAAAGAACUAUCCUACGUAUGAUUUAGAGUUAGCAGCGGUGAUUAAAGAAAAGAAGUUUGAGGAUGCAAGAUUGUGCAAGAUUUGUGAUAAGGUUUUGAGUGGUGAGGUCAAAGAGACCAUGAUUGACAGUGAGGGGAUCUUAAGAAUCAAGGGACGUAUUUGCGUUCCUUGUGUUGAUGACUUAAUUCGGACGAUUUUGGAGGAGUCCCAUAGUUCUAGAUAUUCUAUUCAUCCUGGUGCUACCAAAAUGUAUCAUGACUUGAGGCGACACUACAGGUGGGCUAGGAUGAAGCAUGAUAUUGUUGAGUUUGUUUCUCAGUGUCUAUAUUGUCAGCAGAUAAAGUACGAGUACCAAAGUCCCGGGGAUAUGCUUCAGGGGAUGCCCAUUCCUAAGUGA